GUUGCAUGAGAAUAAUGAGAAUAAGCAAAUCAAAAGGAAGUGAAAACGACUGACUUGUAUGAAUAAAAACAACAUAAGAAUAAAUCAGAACCAAAACAAAAAGCACUUAAGCAACUGGUGUUCUCGCUCGUAAAAGUAAAAUUUGCUUGCAAAAGUUAAUGGUUAAAAAGUAGAAUUUAUGGCGGACUGAACAUAGUAAAAUGUUAAAGAAAAAAUUGUUAAAAUGAAAAGCAGUGUUUUUGUUAAUGUAAAAACACAAUAAAUAAACUUAGUUGUGAAAAAACUUUAAAGAUGUGCUUAAAUAAAAGUUUUUCCUCGGUAUUUAUAUUUGGUAUUACUAUCUGCUUGCUGGGCGUUACGAUAACACGUUCCGAAGAGAAUUCAUUAACAGCAACAAAUCAACAACAAUAUGAAAACGUUAAUACUAGUUCUAAAAACCCAUCCAUAAACGAAAAUGAAACUCCAGAUUCGCUAAAGAAUUGCUAUUAUGCUGAAGAAAGCUUAUGCCUGAUUAAGCCACAACAUGACAACCAAACGGAAUCAUCUUGCCAAUGUGCUGCUCAUCCAACCAUUGAAAACUUUUCCUACUGCUGCAAUGUCACACACAUGGUCAAUAUAACCAGUUGCACUCACAUAUCAACCUGGACAAAGCUACAUAUACGGAAUAUAUCACUGCCUGAGCUGAAUCUUGGAAAUUCUAUUUAUCAAACACUUAUAUCGCUUGCCAUUACCGAUGGCAACAUAACGCGUGCUACUAAUUCAUUUUCUCGCGCAUCCAAAAUAAGAUGUCUGAAUAUAUCAAAUAAUCAUUUGUUGGAUAUAGAAGAUCGUGCCCUAGGUCUUGUGUCCAACUUAACAUAUUUGGAUAUAGCCAAUAACAAUUUAUCUCGUAUACCCAAAUGGAAUCAAAGUAGAAACAUAACCGUUAAUGUCAGUGGUAAUAAACAUAUGCUUUGUAAAACCUUGAAGGAUGCCAUUUUUCAUGAUUCAUUCAAAUUCGUUAAUCCCGAAACCUCAUACUGUGUCCAAAAUUACACAUUCAACUGGUUUAAUGGUACGGAUUAUGUUUCCAUACAACAAUUACAAACAUUGAAGAGAUUGAAAACAGAGUGUCCCGUAAUACCAGGACGUGGUAAUUGCACGUGCACUAUAGAUAAAAUGCUCGCAUCAGGUGAUCAAUCGAAGCCAUCAGCUAAACUAUUUUGUCGAGUAGAUUGCUCCAGCCUUGGACUUACAGAGCUGCCAGCAAAAUUACCAGAAAACACUUUCUCUCUAGACAUAUCCAAUAAUAAUAUAAGUAGCAUUGAAUCUCUUGGCAGAAUACCUUCCUAUCAGAAUAUUGUGAUGUUAUAUGCUGAUAACAAUCAGAUAUCAUCUAUGAAUGACUUGGAAGGAACAGAAUUCUUAAAUCAUUUUCAACGUUUGUCACUACGUAACAAUGCCUUAAAAAAGUUGCCAGAAUAUUUACUUACAAAUGUACUCAUUGAUACUGGGCUCGGACGUAAAAUAAAUUUAGGUGGAAAUAAAUUAGAAUGUGAUUGCAACUCAGCAAAAGUCCUCAAGCUUUGGCUUUUGGAACGCAGUCGUGAUAUACCAGAUUACAAUGAUAUACUUUGUCGUAACAUGGCACAUCGUGUAAUGGAAUUACAAGAGGAAAAAAUGUGCCAAUCGCCACAUGAUUGGACCGACUAUAUAUAUUACUUAAUAGCAGCUGAAGCAUUACUGCUUAUUGCAUUAAUUACUAAAGUAUCAUAUGAUUAUUGGGUAUUUAAAACUGCCGGUUAUCUGCCAUGGCCAGCUAGUAAAAUGCCUAAGUUACCCUGUGACUGGUUAUGUGAAUCGUAAAUCUAACCUACCUACAAAACGUAUUUUAACAUUAUUUUACAUAUGGACAGAGGGAUUUUAUACUCUUAAAAUUAUGAAAUUUAUGUGCCUAAAAUUUUUCAUAGAAAAUCAUUAUCUGCAUAUCGUUUAUACAAUAUUAUAAGUAAAUGUUUUUCAAAAUGACAAUUAUGUGCAAUUAAAUGUGCCUUAAAAUGUUGCUUACAAUUUUUGUGUAUGUGUAACAAAACAUUAAAUGUAUGUAUG